GUUGGACCCCGAGGAAACGCAGCGGCUGGAUAGAUACCGAUUUUCACUGGCAGAGCCAGAGGCAAACACCAGUUUCUUUCCAUGAACGGGGCGGUAGCUCUACGGCAAGGGGCGGGGCUGAGCAUGGUAACCGCGACACCAAGAUUUCGAUGUGUGCGGCCCAUUUCGAAGGUCUGGGCUGCAGCAGAACGAUGGCAAGCAGGAACAGCAGCGGUCAGAGGACGACGAGGAGGAGGAGCUGCCGACGAUGGCGGUCACGAACUAUCGACACAUGUUAGCUCGGACGGUGUAACUCCUAGGAUGGUAGACGUUGGCGACAAGGCGACGACCCGCAGAACAGCGACGGCGCGCAGCCGCAUCCGUCUCCCUCCGGACGUCACGUCCAAGAUGGAAACCGUGGGCGGAGAGGUGGUAGGCAAGAAGGGGCCCGUGUUCACGACGGCCAUAAUAGCCGGGGUGCAGGCGGCCAAGCGCACGAGCGAGCUUAUCCCGUUCUGCCACCCCCUGCCGAUAGAGGACUGCCGCGUGGAGCUGAGCCUGAAGGAGGGUGGGGAGAUCAUCGAGGUGGACUGCACCGUGCGGGUGACGCACAAGACCGGUGUGGAGAUGGAGGCCAUGAUGGGAGCGUCGGUGGCGGCGCUAACUGUGUACGACAUGCUGAAAGGGCUGUCGCACAACAUCGUAGUCGAAGACACGGCGCUCGUGUCCAAGACGGGUGGAAAGCGCGACUUUUCCAGGACCACGGGGGAGGAAGCGGCGGCCGAGCGGCGAUGACAUCCCUAGUUUAUUCCUUCCUAUCUUUUCUUGAGAAGAGGUUUGUGGGGAAAAAAAACGAAAAAAAGAGGUUUGUAGACCGUUUGUCGGCUUAUAGGCGAUAGGAGGUCGUACAGCCUUUCUUGGCAGUGUUGCUUCGUUUCGUGCGUCUCUUCCCAGCGGGAGACAAAGGAGGCACAACGGUACUUUCCUCUGGAUAUAUGGGAAGCCACGGAGAAUUCGGUCAACACUUUCCAUC